GAAAUUCGCAGAUUUUACGUUUCAGUUUCGUGCAAAACGUGGAAGCGGCUGGUCAGCUGAAAGCACAAAGAAAAACUGAAAGGAAAAAAACACUCAAGAAAAUUCACUAAAAGCGGCUAGAAAAAUCGCAAAAAAAAAUAAAUAUAUUAACUAGAAAACCAAACGCGGAUGUCUGUCACAAGUUUAAAUUAAUAACUCAAAAUUUAUUUUCAAAUUAUAAAAGAUUUAAAAAUUUGCAUAUUGCAAUUGUUAAAUGCAGUCAGCAGACUCCGGCUAAGCGCGGCCUGGUGUAUUUGGCAAUAAACCGGAUAUUCUAGAUCUCCCGAUUGCCGUUGUCAUCGUCAAUUGAGUUAACUGAAACAAAAAGCAAGCCGAAAGAGUUGUAAAUCAAAAAGCGGUACAAUUGUCCAUAAGUAAAGACAACAACAAAAAAGCGGGCAAAAAGUGACACAAAUAAACGUUGUAAAAAAAACUCCGUUGUAUUGUCUUCAAUCUGUAGCAAAUUGUGGCUAUAUGCAUACACCUAUAUACACCUAUACCCAGCUACCUAUCUCUGUGACCAGCUGAGCAGCGUUGAGUGUUAAGUUUAUUUCUGUUUGCGGGCAAAAAAAUAAAAAUAAAAAGUCGGCGGAAAAACGAAGAAAAGAUCGUGCAUGCUAAAGUAACAUAUUUAUUUUUAACAAUUUCGCAAGCGUUCAAAUUUUGCUCCAGCGAAAAAAAAAUCAUAUAUGUAUCUAUAUCUAUGAUACUGAACUGUAUCGUCAGACAGACAGACAGAUAGACGAAAAAAGCGAUCGUUAGGAGAACCAAAGCAAACCAAAACAACAACAAAAAGCGGCGGCAAAAGUCAACGUAGAAAUCGGGACGCGAGGCAACAGAAGCUGUUAAAAAUUAGACGAAAACAAAAACAGUAUCAGUAACAACAGCAACAGCAACAACAACAACCACACUUAUAGUAGCAACAACAAGGGUAGCAGUGGCAGCGGCAGUGACAACAAUUGCAACAAUGUCGACAGCAACUUGCGCACGAUUCUGCACACCGUUGACAGGCGGCAACAAGACGACGUCAGUGGCGUCGAAAGGCGGCUCCACUUCAAAAUUGACAGCAGGAAGCGGAAAUGGCAUGACGUCAUCGUCAGUGCUGCAGCAACACAAAAAGAAACAGAUUCCAACAAAUGCAACAAAUGCCACAAAUGACAUGAACACAGAGGCAACAUUCACAUUCAAAUUGGGCCGUGCCUCAAAUGGCGGCAAUGUCAAUGGUGGCAGUCACAGUGUCGCCUCAAGUGAAUCAUCAGAUCCCUUGGAGUCCGAUUAUAGUGAGGAAACUGAAGAAGAGGAACAGCAGCAGCAACAGCAACAUCAACAACAACAGAAGAAACAACCACAAUCCAAACAUGUCAGUGUCAGCAGUCGCAGCAGCAGCAGUGCAACAACAACAUCUGUGGACAAUGAUGGGGAUGAUGUGGACGAUGAGGAGAAUGGAGAAGAUGGGGAUGGUCAUGAUACGGAUGAUGUGACCAACAACGAUGAUUCCGAUGAGAGCGAACAGGAUGAUGGCAAUGAGACGGAUGACGAGGAGACUGACGAUGAUUCCGAGGAAAGCAGCAGCGUUCAGACCGCAAAGGGUGUUCGCAAAUAUAUCCUAGACGAUUACCAGAUCAUCAAAACUGUCGGCACUGGCACCUUUGGACGUGUUUGCCUUUGUCGCGAUCGCAUUUCCGAAAAAUACUGUGCCAUGAAGAUUUUGGCCAUGACUGAAGUCAUCCGCCUCAAGCAGAUUGAACAUGUCAAGAAUGAGCGAAACAUAUUGCGAGAAAUCCGACAUCCGUUUGUGAUCAGCCUAGAAUGGUCUACAAAGGAUGAAUCUAAUCUCUACAUGAUCUUUGAUUAUGUUUGCGGCGGUGAGCUGUUUACAUAUCUGCGCAAUGCUGGCAAAUUUACUAGUCAAACUUCAAACUUCUAUGCGGCUGAAAUAGUCAGUGCCUUGGAAUAUCUACACUCACUCCAAAUUGUCUAUAGGGAUCUGAAGCCUGAGAAUUUAUUAAUCAAUCGCGAUGGACAUUUGAAGAUCACCGAUUUCGGUUUUGCCAAAAAGCUGCGCGAUCGCACCUGGACAUUAUGCGGCACACCUGAGUAUAUAGCACCUGAGAUAAUUCAGUCAAAAGGACACAACAAAGCCGUCGAUUGGUGGGCGUUGGGUGUUCUCAUAUAUGAAAUGCUUGUGGGCUAUCCACCUUUCUACGAUGAACAGCCUUUUGGCAUCUAUGAGAAGAUUUUGAGCGGAAAAAUUGAAUGGGAACGUCACAUGGAUCCCAUUGCUAAAGACUUGAUUAAAAAGUUGCUGGUGAAUGAUAGAACCAAGCGACUGGGCAAUAUGAAGAACGGCGCCGAUGACGUUAAAAGGCAUCGCUGGUUCAAGAACUUGAAUUGGAAUGACGUCUACAAUAAGAAGCUAAAGCCACCAAUUAUGCCUGAUGUGCAUCACGAUGGGGAUACGAAAAAUUUUGAUGAUUAUCCCGAGAAGGAUUGGAAACCCGCCAAGGCAGUAGACCAAAGAGAUUUGCAGUUGUUUAAUGAUUUUUAAAAAUGAACUAAACAAAACAAUUUAAAUAAAUAUGUAUAUAUACGUACAUAUAUAAAAUUUGUAUGAUUUGCUGUGGCAAAUACAUUAAUUAUUCAUUAUUUAUACUUGCAAUUAAUGUUAAAAGUGCUGUGCAAAACAUAAAAGCAAUGAUAUCUAUGGUACACACAUAUACAUAUAAAAUAUAUGCCUAAUAUACGAUUCUAUUUAUGAUAAGCCUAAGUUUAUGCCCAUAAUGUUAUGUCUAGCGUGAGACGUCUAUAAUUAUCAUUAUCAUUAUUAUUAUUAUAAUUAUAAUUAUUAUGUUUAAUUGUUUAAUGUUCAAGUGCUGGCUGCAAAUGCAAGCAAAUCAUACAUACAACAAAAUUAAUUAUUGUUAAACAACCCAAAACCGAAACAACAACAACAACAACCAACCAACCAUAAAGAAAAUUAACGUAAAACGUUGAAUAAAGUGAUAGAAACUCAAUACACGUGUGUGUA